GCUUCGAGGAUAACUUUGAGGAUAGGCGAACUCAAUUUUCUAUAAUGUACUGCAAACUCUUGUAUAGCAUCUUCUUCAUAAUAAUUCUUGCAUUAAUGCAUCAAUCUGUUGAAUCAAAAAAGGUAGUGAUACAUGUACCUUAUCGGGUGAAAAACGUGAAGCAUACACAUACAAUCUACAAAUUGAUUCCACAUUACCAUAAAAGAAAACACGACGAUGAAGAUGACGUCUAUCGAAAACGAUAAUAUAUAUAUUCUUAGAUUAUUGCGAUAUAGUAAUUCACGAGCAACAAAUUCAAAGAACAGUCAUUAGGUUGUACUGAACAUCU